AUGGCGGAAGCAAACCAGUCGGUGGUGUCUGAGUUUAUUUUUCAGGGACUCUGUGACUCCGAGGAGCUACAGAUCUUCCUCUUUGUGCCAUUUGCUACACUCUACCUGCUGACUGUGGUGGGAAAUCUCUUUGUGGUGCUGCUGAUCAUCGCUGACCACCAUCUCCACUCGCCCAUGUACUUCCUGUUGGCUAACCUCUCCUUUGUUGACUUCUGCCUCUCCUCAGUAACCACGCCUAAGCUGACCACAGACCUCCUGCAGGAGAACAAGACCAUUUCCUUCGGGGGCUGCAUGAGCCAGAUCCUGGGUGUGCAUUUCUUUGGAGGGGCUGAGAUGGUGCUUCUUGUGACCAUGGCCUAUGACCGUUAUGUGGCCAUCUGCAAGCCGCUCCGUUACUCCAGCAUCAUGGACAGGCAAAGGUGCAUCUGGUUAGUGUUGACGGGAUGGAUCAUUGGGUUUGUGCAUGCCACGAGUCAACUGAUCAUGAUUUGGGGGCUACCCUUCUGUGGACCCAGAAUGGUGGAUAGCUUUUUCUGUGACAUCCCUUUAGUCCUGAAACUAGCCUGCAUGGAUACAGCUACUUUGGGAAUCCUGAUAAAUGCUGACAGUGGUGUUUUAGCAACAACUUGCUUCAUUCUCGUGAUGAUCUCCUACACUCACAUCCUAUUGACUGUUCUCCUUCGUUCUCAAGAUGCUGCCUCAAAGGCCCUCUCUACCUGCACCUCCCACAUUACAGUGGUGGUUCUGUUCUUCGGACCCUGCAUCUUCAUCUAUCUGUGGCCAGUCAGCAUCACUUGGGUGGACAAGUUUCUUGCUGUGUCUUAUACAGCAAUUACACCUCUUUUGAAUCCAGCCAUUUAUACACUGAGAAACAAAGAGAUUAAAAACGCCAUGAAAAAACUGAUCAAUAAGCAUGCUAUUUCAAGUAAUGCUUGUUAG